CGCGGGGCCGCCUCCCCCUCCCGUUCAUCCCCCCCCGGGGCCGGCGGCGCGGAGCGGGCGCUGCCCAUGGGCCGGGCAGGAUGCCGGUGCGGCGGGGGCACGUCGCCCCCCAGAACACCUUCCUGGACACCAUCAUCCGCAAGUUCGAGGGACAGAGCCGCAAGUUCAUCAUCGCCAACGCCCGCGUGGAGAACUGCGCCGUGAUCUACUGCAACGACGGCUUCUGCCAGCUGUGCGGCUACUCGCGGGCCGAGGUGAUGCAGAAGCCCAGCACCUGCGACUUCCUGCACGGGCCCCGCACGCAGCGCGGCGCCGCUGCCCAGAUCGCCCAGGCGCUGCUGGGCGCCGAGGAGCGCAAGGUGGAGAUCUGCUUCUACCGCAAGGACGGCAGCUGCUUCCUGUGCUUGGUGGACGUGGUGCCAGUGAAGAAUGAGGAUGGGGCUGUCAUCAUGUUCAUCCUGAACUUUGAGGUGGUGAUGGAGACAGAGCGCCCAGGCUCGCCCGACAAGGACACCAACCACUGGGUCACCCCUGCCACCUGGCUUCCUGCAGGGCGCAGCAAGUCCUUCCGGCUGAAGCUGCCAGCGCUGCUGGCACUGGCGGGCAGCAAACAGUCGCUGCCACAGGAGCCGCCCGACGCCGUCGUCGUGGACUUCUCCAAGCAGAGCAGCGAGUCUGGCGCCGAGGAGCCCAUGUCCUCGCUGGAGCCUGGCUGCCCGGGGGGCAUGCAGCCCGAGGACAAGGCGGCGCUGAUGGGGGACGAGCCCCCCGAGCCGCCCGUCACCCACUCGUCGCCGUGCACCGAGCGCCUGGCCCUGCACGCCGCCUUCUCCAACUGCAGCCUGGCGCGCAGCCGCUCCCGCGAGAGCGUCCACAGCGUGCGCCGCGCCUCCUCCGUCGACGACAUCGAGACCAUGAAGGGCGAGGGUGACAAGCGCUGCCACAACCGCCAUGCCAGCGCUGGUGCCGGCAUGCACCGUGGCUCCAGCACCGGGGCCAUGAACAACGUGCGGAGCGCUCUGCUGAACUCCACCUCGGAUUCGGACCUGAUGCGCUACCGGGCCAUCAGCAAGAUUCCCCAGAUCACCCUCAACUUUGUGGACUUCAAGGCAGAUGCUUUCCUGGCUGCGCCGCCGGGUGAGAAGGAGAUCAUCGCCCCCACCAAGCUCAAGGACCGGACCCACAACGUCACCGAGAAGGUCACCCAGGGUUAA